ACACGUGUUUUAAACUUAUUGGCCUUGAAUUCGUGUCCACUACAAGUGCCCUAAUCAUAAAAUGUCCCUCUUGCUUCAAAUUAUCAUUACAGUUUCGUCUCUGCACGGAUAUUUUUUUCUCCUGGUAUCUCUUCUUCGUCCUCGUUUCCUUAACGGUGGAAUUGGCUUAGUUAGGAGUAAAUAAGAUGGGAGGUGGAUUUAGGGUUCUUCAUCUUGUCAGGCCGUUUCUAUCAUUUCUUCCCGAAGUUCAGACAGCUGACCGAAAAGUUCCCUUCCGUGAGAAGGUCAUAUAUACUGUGAUCUCCCUUUUCAUUUUCCUGGUAUGCAGUCAACUCCCAUUGUAUGGGAUUCAUUCGACAACUGGUGCGGAUCCUUUCUAUUGGAUGCGUGUUAUUCUUGCUUCAAACCGUGGGACUGUUAUGGAGCUUGGUAUCACUCCAAUUGUAACUUCUGGGCUAGUAAUGCAACUGCUUGCUGGGUCAAAGAUUAUUGAGGUGGACAAUAAUGUGCGUGAAGACCGUGCCCUCUUAAACGGUGCUCAGAAAUUAUUGGGCAUCCUGAUAGCUGUUGGUGAAGCAGUGGCAUAUGUUCUCUCAGGGAUGUAUGGUAGUGUCAGCCAACUUGGAGUAGGAAAUGCCAUUCUAAUUAUCAUUCAGCUCUGUUUUGCUGGGAUUAUUGUGAUCUGUUUGGACGAGCUUCUCCAGAAAGGUUACGGACUGGGCUCUGGAAUCUCACUUUUCAUAGCAACCAAUAUCUGUGAAAAUAUCAUCUGGAAAGCAUUUAGUCCAACCACCAUUAACAGCGGAAGAGGUGCAGAAUUUGAAGGUGCUGUUAUUGCCUUGUUCCAUCUUCUGAUUACUCGUCCAGACAAAGUCCGUGCCCUUCGCGAAGCAUUUUACCGGCAGAAUCUUCCAAAUGUUACAAAUCUGCUUGCAACAGUAUUGAUCUUCCUAAUUGUGAUAUAUUUCCAAGGGUUCCGUGUGGUUUUACCUGUGAGAUCAAAGAAUGCUCGUGGACAGCAGGGUUCAUAUCCAAUCAAGCUAUUCUACACCUCCAACAUGCCAAUUAUUUUACAGUCUGCUCUUGUUUCUAACCUCUACUUUAUCUCCCAGUUGUUAUACCGGAGAUACAGUGGGAAUUUCCUUGUGAAUCUUUUGGGUAAAUGGAAGGAAUCUGAAUACUCAAACGGUCAGUCAGUCCCUGUCGGUGGCCUUGCAUAUUACAUAACUGCACCAUCAAGGUGUGUCUCCCCUCCUUCUGCAAAGCCAUUUGUGCUGCAAAUACUCUAUGGCAGCAAAUCCUUUUCCAUGCCACUUCAUAUCUGGUGUUCAUGUUGCUCAGCAUUGUGUCAACUUCUUUCUCGAAAUACUUGGAUUGAAGUUUCGUGGCGUCAUCCUGCGAAAUUGGACCUCGUGGCCUUAAGCAAGCUGAAGGUCUAUGAGAAAUCCCUAGUUAUUAGCCAUGCCUCGCAAUUUUACAGUAUGCGCAGUGCAGAAUGCCCUGCUGAGAUAUGGCAUGGCAAUAUGAGUUUAACAUGCCUCCUAUUGCAGGAACAACAAAUGGUUAUGCCUGGUCACCGAGAGUCCAACUUACAGAAAGAGUUGAACCGAUACAUACCCACAGCUGCAGCUUUUGGAGGGAUCUGCAUUGGUGCUUUGACAGUGUUGGCAGAUUUCAUGGGGGCAAUUGGUUCAGGGACAGGGAUUCUCCUUGCGGUCACAAUAAUUUAUCAGUACUUUGAAACCUUUGAGAAAGAGAGAGCCAGUGAACUUGGCUUCUUUGGCUUCUAAGCUUACAUCUUGUUUAGAGAGAUGAUGGAUGGUGGUGCCGGUGAGCUCCCCAGCAAUUUUGGCGAGCUGAGGGAUGUAUGUAGGUCCAUUUGACGCCAAAGGUAUAAGUUAGAUUUUAGCAUAGUUCAUUAGAAGCUGAAGUACAGAUAUGCAUUGCCUCUCUUCCCCGCUUCCUUUAUUUCUUGCAAUACUGACUCUCUUGUAUCAAUGGAUAUGCGGUGACCUUGCGGUAUUUGAUUUUCUAAUGUUUCCCAGUUGAGAACUUUGAAAUCAGAUGAAAAUUUCUGGGUCCUAUUGAUCUGUAAUUUUAUUGGAAUUUGUGCACUUCGCUCUACGGUUAUGAAGGUUUCGUUUAGUACAAUAUGAAAUAUUGGAGGUCUGCCUUUUUCUCUU